CUGCAGAUGCGGACAGUAACCAACCUCUCAGAAACAUGAACCCCGACUGGAGUGAACAAGACUGCCGCAGGAACGGGAACCAGGGACUAUUCACCAGAGUCAAAGAUACCGAAGAGAGACGUGCUUUCAGUGAAGCAGAGGAGGGGCCAGUGAUGGAAGCUGUUUACAGAAAAGAGGAAAUCUCUGAUCAGGAGUGGGGUGGAGGUCAAAUGGAGAUUACAGAGCUGACAUUUGUUGAGAGUAAAGAGGUCCCUGAACUUGAAGCUGUCCGCAUUAAAGAGGAGACACCAGAACUGCAGUGUGGUCACACCACAGAGCAGGUUUCUAAAGCAAAUAAAGAGGAUAUAGUGAAGCCUGAAUCUAGCCAUUGUGAGCAGUGCCCACCCGAAUUGGUCUGCAUGAAACCAAAUCAGUCUGUCUCUGAAGACACUUGUUCUAGUGUUGGAGGAGAGGGCACUGUGCUGGGGUCCAUUCAGAGGAAACAUCUCACCCCUCAGGAAAGAGCCGCAGGUGGAAAGGAGGAAGGAGCAACGCCGUCCACUAGCAGCACAGCAUACCCAUGCUGGGACACCCUGCUACAUUUUCAUCCAAACAACGUUUUUGCUGCUGAAGGAAAUCUCACAGGAGAGAAACUUCAUCGCUGCGCAAAGUGCGGGAAGAGAUUCAGUCAUUUAGUGUUCCUUAAAAGACACCAGCGAGUUCACACAGGAGAAAAGCCUUAUCACUGCACUGAGUGUGGGAAGAGAUUCACACAGUUAGGAAGUCUUAAAUCACACCAGCGCAUUCACACAGGAGAAAAACCUUACUGCUGCACUGAGUGUGGGAAGAGAUUCACACAGUUGGGACAUCUUCAGUCACACCAGCGCAUUCACACAGGAGAGAAACCGUAUCGCUGUCCUAAGUGCGGGAGGAGUUUCACACGAUUAGAAAGUCUCAAAUCACACCAGCGCAUUCACACCGGAGAGAAACCUUAUCGCUGCACAGAGUGUGGGAGGAGUUUCACACUGUUACAAAACCUUAAAAGACACCAGCGCAUUCACACAGGAGAGAAACCUCAUCACUGAGUAUAUAGGGUUGUACGCCCCCACGUGUUGUUACAAUUGUCUAAAUAAAAUACCUGUAAUUUUUCUUUUCAUUGUUAACGUCCUGAUAACUUUAAAGUCUGUUUCAAAGCUCUUUUCAAAAUGUCCACUCUUGUGCACUGGGGUUUGAGAUGUGUCCUCUAAAUCAGUGGUGCACAAACCUUUUAAAUUCCACCCCCCAUUUGUUUUUAGCAAAAAAUAGAUUUUCAUCUAUUUUUUCCUUAACCACAAAAUGUCCAGAUUUAGCUAAAUACAUCAACCGAUCACAAAUUCAGCAUUUAAAAUCAGUAUAUAAAUCUAAAUAAAUAUGGGGCUUCACCAAAUAAAGUAUGCACACAGGGAGAGAAACGAAAUACGAAACUAGAGUGUGGUACUCCCCGCCACUUUGACUAAAAUUACGGUGAAAUAAAGAGGUAGCCGUACCGUCAAAUUCCAAUGGUUCUGUUAAUUCUUGCCAUGUGGCGUCCUUUUGAACCACGAACACUGGAUCAUAAAGAACAUUUAUAUUUUUCGACUUUAAUCAUUAAAUUCUCAUUGAUGUCUGUUUCUUUUUAUUUCUGUGGUAAUCUCUGCUUGAGCGAGACCGUGACAGCCUGAUUUGACCUUAUUUCUGAUUGGUCCAUUGCAACGCGAACAGCGCUUAGCGCAAAUACAAAUAAAACAAGUGUACUUCUAUAGUUGCUCGCUCGCUUUGCUUGCAGUGUGCAUUACAACAUUUAAGACUAGAAGACCUGGAGAUAUAGUCAGUAUAGGAUCCACAACAGCGCCCGUCUGCUCUGCCCUCUUUGUUGAAUGUUUACGCAGGUAGCAGGACACAGUUUCUUUUGGGUACUGUGGUUUUAGGUGGACAGCAGUCCCAGACUGGUUUGUCUGAUAAGUCUGUUUUACGGCAGUCCUGCAGCCGGGCCUCGGUCUCGUUGCCUGUGGCAGUUGACUCUCUUGCAGCUUGCUUCCUCGUCUUGGGUCCGUUCCAAGCAGAGUCCCGUUUUGGUUCUGUUUUUAGUCCCGGAGUUGCAGCUUUGCUUAGCAGAGUGACAGCACCUUCUUUAGCAUUCGAUGUGGAGCGCUAAAUGUUCCAUUUCGGUUUUUAUAGUCUCCUUCCUCUGCUGAGUUGCCACUUUCAUGAGAUCAUUUGUGUAGCUUGCCUUUUUAACUCACAAAUCUUCGAGAUUUGUCCUUUUGUCUGCUUCCUUUCGUCCAGCAGCUGCUUGUUGCAGUUGGGACUUGUUGACAUCUGUACUUUUUUGUUUU